AUGUCGGGGUGCCUGUGGUGCUGUGGGUCGGCGCGGUCCAGGUAUACCUUCGACGACAUCCCUGACCUGCGGUCCAAGGUCGCCAUCGUGACGGGAGCGAGCUCCGGCAUCGGUCUCGUCACAGCCCGCGAACUCGCCCGCAAGGGCUGCCAUGUCAUUUUCGCAGGCCGGUCACGUGAAAAGACACUCGGAGUGAUCCAUCAAGUGGCGAGGUCGCUGCAGACAGCCACGACGCAGCUCGAGUUCAUGCACGUGGAUCUGAUGAACUUGACAUCGGUCCAUGCAUUUGUGAACGCGUUCCGACACCGCAACUUGCCGCUCCACAUCUUGAUCAACAACGCUGGCGUGAUGGCGCCGCCGUUCACGCUCUCGAACGACGGCAUCGAGUCGCAGUUUGCCACCAACCACGUCGGCCACCACGCCUUGACGACGGGGCUGCUGCCCAUCCUGGAAGCAUCGGCACCGUCGCGAGUGGUCAUGGUCAGCUCGCGGGCACAUGUGCGCGCGCCUGGCAUCGAUUUCACCAACCUGAACAAUGCCCAAAAGUACUUUUCGUGGAACUGGUACAGCCAGUCGAAGCUGGCCAACAUUUUGUUUGCAAGGGAGCUGACUCGUCAACUCGAAGUGCGCAAUGUCAUGAACGUCUACGUGAAUGUCGUCCACCCUGGCAUCGUCCAGACGGCUCCAACGACCCACCAACACUGGCUGGCCUCGCUCAUUCUGUCGUUGUUCGAGCUCGAAGUUGACGAUGGCGCCAAGACGCAACUGUACGUGGCGACAUCCGACGACAUUGUUACGCACAACUGGCACGGCGAAUACUUUGUCCCGAUUGCAAAACUCGGCGCGACCGAUUCCAUGGGCCACAACCAAGUCCUCGGGAGGAAGCUGUGGGCGUUUACGGAAGCGCUGAUUCGCGACACAACCUCGGGUAACACGCCCGACUUGUGCGAUGCGUGUCAUUCUUCCACUACCGCGUUCUUGGACGCACAGGAUCGGCAAGCUCCGUGA